AUGGCGUUUUCUUUUAGGAAGAUGCUCUCAAAUAUUAAUUAUUUCAAAAAAUCCGAUGAUAGUCCCAGCAAUGAUCCGCAUUUAAAGAGACGUAGGCAUACGUAUAGGGUCGAAGAUCCGGUAAUAAAUUUCGAGGAAGCAGAUUCCACUUCUAGGCAGUGCACUAGCUUGAAGCUGCCAGAAUCAUUAAAGAAUUACGCUGCUAAGAAAGGCUCGCUUUCUGAUACUGAUCUAUUAACUUUGAGCGUCGAGGUGCCUACACGAGAAAAGCGGCGUAAAAAACUCAAGCUAGAUAUUAAGAAAGCCAGCCAAUCUAUGAACCAAUUGAGCACUUACAAUGUUGAAAACACACCAAAGCAUGUUCACUUGGAGUGCAAAAGCUCUGAUGCAUUUUCUGAACGUUUCCGUGGCUUUGAUUUCAAGACUUUGGAUCUAUUUGAUGCUAUGUACGAUGAGAGGGACACUUCAUCUCCGCUGGAAGAGGAGAUAGACAUACAUUCACUAUCAGACCAUUCAGAUACGGAUAUUUCUAUGAAAUCGAGCAAUUCAUCAAUAAAAAUGUGCCGGAAAGUUAAUGAAAGCAGCUCCAGUAAUGAUAAAAUUGUUCCAUCGACAAGUUUGGAAUCUUUCGGUGAUGUUGAGCUCGAGAAAAGUGAAGAAGAAAGAAUAAGACUGCUGUUGAACUAUCAAAUGAAACUGGAUAAAAUGGAAUCCGUUAUGAAAAAACUGUUGCAUGAAUUCCAAUUCCACAUCGAAGUUUCCAAAGUAUUCCAUUCCAAAUCCAUCGUAUCAGCUCUACAGGGAAGUAAUUUUCAUAAAACUCUUGAAGAUAUCACGAAUCUUGAGAAGAAUCCGAACUGGAAUUUCAUUGUUGAGAGAGAAGAUGAUCAGACUAAAUACAAAUUAAAGAAGCAACUGCUUUCAAUCAAAGCCUGUAUAGACAACUUUGUCCGCAUAUACCUGAAUAUAGAUAAGAAAAGAUCAUUAAAAAAGCCCAUACAGAAAACGCACAAAAAGAAAAAGCAUUUUGAUUUUCCCGACCUCAGAGAUGCUUUGUUAAACUUAUUCUCUCUGCGGAAUGAUUCCAUAGAUGAUGAAUCAUCCAAAUGUGAUUGUAAUUGCCAUAAUUCAUCACCGGAUUCCGAUUUAGAGUCGGCAUCAUCAAAAACGGACCAGUCAUCAUUUAUAACAUCAUCGAUUGGCAAUUUUACAUUAGACUGUUCUACGCUCACAGCAUAUUCCGAGUCCUUGGACCAAGUUAUUAGCUAUACAAGCUAUGAUGACUCGAGCUUAUUCAAUAGCUUACUCCAGAAGGCGGCCAUUGAACGAAUAACUUUUUACAUCCAAGUACACAGUAUCCAAUUAAGUUGUGAACAAAAUGAAACAAAGAACAUAAUUUUCCAUUGCCCGCCUUGUCAAUAUGUUGAAACCGAAGAAAAUGACUUGCUAUGCCACAUACUGAGUCAAGAUCAUUGUGAGAAGAUACAUUUUCUAUAUAAAACGGCAUACAUUAAGAAAUGCAUGUCAGCUGGUAAGGAGAUACAGCCAAGUACAGUCCUAAAUCCCAUGAGAAUGUAUAGAGAUGAGAACAAAAUUGUCUGCUUCGGUGAUGCACUGUACGCUUGCACUCUGUGCUUUGAAAAUCUGAUCAUCGGUGAAUCUGUGUUAAUGGCCCACUGCUCCGAGCCCCAACAUGUCAGUAGAAGGGAGAAGUUGGGUGAGAUUAUCGAUUAA